UGGGGGGGGAUACCUUCAGCCUUCCGUUUACCCCCUCAGAAAGACUCAGUGUCAACCAGACUCUCAUGCAAGCUGCAACAGCGGCGCCCAUCCCAUCUAUUACUUAUUUAUGUAUUUUCAUACCAGAGAGGACAUCUUGAGACAAGGCCCAAGGACAACGGACUGGAGGACUCAAUAAUGGUGUGAUAAUAAUGGUGUGAAGAACUUUUCUCUGAUUACAGACUGUGGUUGAAGGCUCAGCAGAACUCACAUGUGGAUUUCCUCUACAGACAGUUGACACAUAGCAUGUCUGACACGUACGCCAAUAGUGUCUGAACUCUGGAGAUAUUUCAAACUCACUUAUCAAGCAGGAAGUAGAAGGAACAGGAUCAAGAACCAAGACAGGUCAUGAAUUAAGGUGUAAUGUCUUCUUCUCCCCACCCUAUUCCCCAGUAAGUGAUGAUGUCACAGAGCAGGGGUCAUGGUGGGUCAGGGGUUCGGAUGAGGGAGCUGUAUGUUCUGCUGUGUGUGGUACUGACUCUACCAGGCUGCAGAGGCUUCCUCCCCAACUUCUGGUCCCGUGUGUUAACCCUGUCCUUGGACUCCUACACACACCAAUUCAUCACCGAGCAGGGUGUCCUCAACGUCACUCUGGAGACACUGAGCAUGGCCAACACACACCAGCACCGACACACACAGGAGCAGGCAGGUCUGGGUCGGGGGUUCUGGCAUGCAGUGGGGGAGGUGGUGCAUUCCAAUGCGGCCAUGGACUUCCUGAGCUCCACACGGUCCGACCCAGUCUACCACUUUGACUCGGAGCGCGUGGAGGAAUCUAUGGCGAUGCUACGGCAGUUCUGGGCCCAAACCCUGCUCUCUGCACGGGCCAAAGAGUACCAGGGGGCGAGACACAGUCUGGGACAGCUGCUACACUCAUUGCAGGAUUUCUACAGCCAUAGUAACUGGGUGGAGAUGGGUCAGCACUCAAUAUACCUCCACCUGCUGCAGCCUGGGCAGCCAGCCUUCCCUGUAGCCACAGAGGACACUCCUACCUGUAUGGAGUGUCACAGCGCUACCUGCAGAGACAACCUCCUGCCCAGACUGACCCAAAGUCAGCAGUACCCUCUACUGCUCACCACCGGGUACUUCAGCACCUACCCACCCAAACCACAAGGGAAGUGUAGUCACGGGGGUGUACUGGACAGCAGUCGUCACCAAGGGGCCAAGGGUGGCAUCAAUAAGGACAGCACCUCCCCUCUCUUCUCCCCCCAUCACUACCUCCAUMUGGAGGCUGCCCGCCUCGCUACCACGGCAACCAUUACUGUGCUCAGAGACCUCCGAGACAGUGUGGGCAACAUCAGCUUCCUUAGACUCUUCAGUGUGAAGCAGCCUCCAGCGCUGGUGUUUGUUAUGGACUCCACAGGCAGCAUGUUUGAGGAGAUCACCGCAGCCCGCCUCCGUGCCCACUCUAUCAUCAAGGCCCGCGCCAACACUCCCGAGCAGCCUGGCACCUUCCUGCUGGUGCCCUUCCAUGACCCAGGGGUGGGGCCGGUGUAUGAGACAGAGAAACCGGAGGAGUUCAUGAGCUAUAUGGAGAACCUGAUGGCUCUGGGUGGAGGAGAUGAACCUGAGAUGUGUCUUUCUGCCAUACAGCUUGCCCUCACUCAUAGCCCACCCCUGUCAGAGAUUUUUGUAUUCACUGAUGCCUCCCCUAAAGAUGCUCACCUGUACAAUGCUGUGAGGGCUCUUAUACUGGAGAAACAAUGCAAGGUGACCUUCCUUCUGACUGAAGACCCCAGUCACAAGAUGAAGGGCAGCGGGAGGAAGAGGAGGAGGAGGAGGAGGGAGACUCUGUCCCCUGACCGUUUCGCUCUCUACUCCUCCUUGUCCUCUGUUUCCGGGGGACUGACUGUCUUCACCACUAACUCAGACAUCCACCGUGUCUCUGCCAUAGUUGAGGACAACACAGCUGCAGAUAAGGUGACUCUGCUACAUGCAGAGAGUGAUAGUGACUCCAACUUAUCCCACUCCUUCAGUGUGGACAAUGCAGUGAAGUGCGUGACCCUUCACCUCAUUGGAGACCUCAGACAAUGUGUCCUCAGCAGCCCAACUGAUCGUACUCAGUCUCUGUUGAAUCAGCAGGGUCCCCUGGCAGAGUGUGAGCAGUUUCAGGGUCUGUACAGGAUCAGCCUGCUGUCCCCUAUAGAGCCAGGCCAGUGGCACCUCAACACCAUUGCUGAUGGUCACGUCARCUUUAAUGCCAUAGCUGACAGCAAUGUGGACUUCCUGUAUUACUUUGCUGUGGAGGCCAAUGGAACGCAUCCAGGCCUGGCUAGAGUGGAGGGGAGUCCAAUCGCAGGUGUCCCAACCUUUCUAGUGCUGGCUGUCACAGGUCUAUUGCCCAAUGAGGAGGCCUCUUUCAGUCACGUGACCCUGCUGGGAGCCAAUGGGGAGAGCCUCCAGAAAGUGUGGCUAAACUCGUCCUCUUCAUCUGCGUCCUCUGGAGAGGAGCUGGUUGGCUGGAUGGCCUCUGUUCCCAGGGUGCCGUUCUGUGUCCGUCUAUCCGGCAGAGACGGGCGAGGGAACCGCCUGGAACGCGUCUCCACGGAGAUGAUCCAGCACACACACAUUAAGAUACAGGUCCUGUCUAUCCCACGUCUGGUUCCUGGCCACAGUACGACAGUAUUUUUUGAUGUUCAGAACCACGGCCCCGCCCGAAACCUCACCCUGACCGCUGACGAUGACCGGGGAUAUCUCUCUCAGAGAGGACCACACAGGCUCUCUGUGGGGGAGAGAGGGUCAGUGAGGGGGAAGGUGGAGCUCCAAACUCCUAAGGGGGCUGAGGCAGGAGGGGCUGUCACUAUGACCCUGACAGUGCGAGUGCUGGACUCCCUGGAUUCCAACUARGCAGUGUUGCACCUGACUGUGGUUCCUCCGGAUCCUGACAUGUCUCCCCCGUCAUGUUCCAUCAUGCGAGUAGAACACACCUGCCCAGGCCCGACUCAGUGCACAGGAGCCAGAUGGACUGUCUCUCUGGCUGUGACAGACAGGGGGCGCUCUGGCCUGGCCUCCCUCCAGCUCUCCCAGGGUCAGGGCAUUCUCACCCUGCUCCACAGCCCCACAGACCCCCCAGGCGACAGCCUGGAGGAGAACCAGCCCACCCCCAAGCACAAACCCCAGAACCAGAGAGACAGGGAGAGGACAAGCCCAGCACAUGGGGAGAAUAGCUAUGCUGAACUGGAUCCCAGGCUGGUACAAGGUAACCCUCCUCUGAACGUGGCCCAGUGGACAGGUGGAUUGCCCAAGCCUCUGUGGGUGAGGUACACCUCCCCCUGCUGCUCCCCCCAGGCGGAGCUCCUGGUGUGGGACGGGGCCGGCAAUGUGAGGCGCUGCCACCUGACCUCCAGCCAGCAGAGGGGUAUACGGGAGAGGAGUGGAGUGUCAAACAGGGCUGGAGAGAUGCCYCUGCAAAGUUGCUUCCUGUUGUUUUCAUUGUUGAGUUUGAUUUGGACUGUUCCACUGUAGGUUGAUGUGGGAUKAUUUCUCUAUGUCAAAUAACCUUAAAGAUGUUUUGRAACCAAAAGGCUUCUGUUUUUAUGGGCCACUAGAAGCACACUUUAGACUUCAGUUCCUCACUUGAACCCUUCACUGGAAAGCAGACAAUGAUGAAUUAAGUUGUUUUUUAAAUAGUACUUUAUUGACAUUGUGUCACGCCCUGGCCUAACCAAAAUAGAGAAUAAAAGCCUCUCUAUGGCCAGGGGCUCUCCCUUUUAGAG